GUGGGUGUUGCCAUUAACUUUGAUAUCUAUAAGCUCCAGUGACGACUUGACACCAGACGGGGCCUGAGUUUGUUCAGUCGAGCAAUAAAAGCAAACAAGAUAAUAACAUUUCUAAAUUCAAUCAAUCAAAUAAUGAAUACGUCUAUUUUAGGGUCCACUUAAAAUAGUUGUUGGACGUUUGGAGACAUGCAAAGGACCAAAAAGAAAAAAUUGCUCUGAAAUAAAAAUGUGGUCGAAAGGUGGUAUCCUCAGCUACGAUAUCUUCGUCAAAUCAAGUUUUAAACUCACAGUCGGUCGUAUAGUAGCCACAUCAAAUGGUAAAGAAAUGGUUAAGUUUCACAUGAGGGAACCAUGCGACCACUUCCUAAUAAAACAUUUGUUUCGAAUUAAUAUGAAUAUUACCAAAGACUGUACAGUUAAAAAGGAGCAUUACAUAUUUAAAAUCGACCUGGAAGACUUAACUGAGAAUUACUUCGGUGGCAAAUAUUUUUACGGGAACUGGACAUUUCGAUCGGUCUUCGCCGGCAGCGAAUGUAAUUUAUUAUGUACAAUUACGGAACUGAUAAUGACACCAAAAAAGAGAAACUAA